UUUACCAAGGCUAUAAUCUUUUGAUUAGAUAACAAAAGAGGCUAUGCGCGUUUACGCUCAUCUUGUUGCCUGCGUGCAGUUCCACAGAACACUGUUUACCUGAAGGCAGCGCUUCCUUGGAAAUGUCAGAGUCCUCCUGUGACAGGAUUGGUCACGUCUGCAGGGAGUUGUUUUUAAAAGAGCCCAACAUAAGAACAACAGCCACAGAAAACCUCAACCAGUUCAGCAGAAACUUUAGCUUAAGUUGUAACGCAGGGGACUCAAAUCAAUCUUGAAAGUUGCCUCUGGUGAAGGGAAACACUCCGCUUCCAGUCUGUCCUACACCCUCUACAUCUACAUUGCUCAGUCACCAUGUUCAUAAAUGAAGAGCUCGAGUGUGUCGUGUGCUGCAACGAGUACUCACGCAGCGACCGGAUCCCCCGGGUCCUCCACUGCAACCACACCUUCUGCGCCCCCUGCUUGGAGAAAAUGGCCAAGCUGGACGGCGGCAUCCACACCGUCUCCUGCCCUCUGUGCCGUUGGAUUACCUGCACACGAUCCAGCCUGACCCUGCCCGGGUCCCUAUGGGUCAACACGGAGAUCUGGGACCAGAUUACAGAAGAGCCGAGGAGGAGGAACGACUCGGUGGAGAGUUGGAAUUACGCAAAGACCCAACUCAUCAAUUCACAACUCCCUGAUUCAAGACAUGGUUUCAUGUCUACGUUUCAAAAAAUGUUCAGCUGCGUGCUGCUGCAAGGACACGAGAUGGAACGCUGCUGACAGUUUAACAGCCAAAGAAGUGAAAGCGGCUGCUCCUCUUUCUCGUCUCGUUUGAGACCUGAUGAAUGCGGCAGUGCAAGACUCCAUGCGCUGUGCAUGAUGAGUGAAGGCCCGAACAGCUUUGUGCGUGUGAAGUUUAGUGAGUGUUGAAAGUUAGUGUUUAUGUUUAACUUGAAAGCGGUUUUUAAAGGGCAGCAGUGACUGAAAGUCAGCAAGCCUUGAUCUGUGAAUAUUUUUAAAAACAUACUUUUGUAUAGUUGUUUUUUUUACCAUAAUAUGAGUAGCCUAACUGCAAAAUAUCAACUAGAGAAUGCAAAAGCUGAAGUGAAUACCCCGCAAGUAUGAAGAGCUAAUUGAAAGCAUUUAGAGCACAUAUUUAAGUGGUAUAAUGUUGUGAUUAAUUGUAAAUUGUAGCUUGUUCUGAAAAUAUGUAUACA